UGAAUUCAUCAAAACUGAGGAAAACAUGUUCUUAAAGCAUUGGAAAACUCAAAUUCAUUAGAGGGUUUAUACCUUAAUUGCACGAAAUGUAAAACUAUUAUAAAGGGUUCUUGCUUGCCUGCUGGUUUUUGGUACUUCUAAUUCUAGUGUCCAUCAGAAUAUACUUCUUGUCCAAUCCAUUACACAAUCUUGUGUUCAAUAGUUAUACUACUGUUUCAUUGGCUUCAACUAUGGGGAAUCGAAUCAGCGUUUCUCUUAAGAGUUCUAAUGUUUUCAAGAAAACUAAGAAGCCUCUUCCCAUUGAAACCUUGUUCAGACUUCCCUCUCCACUCCCCUCGUGGCCUGCAGGUGGAGGUUUUGCAAGUGGGAUUAUUGAUCUAGGAGGGCUGGAAGUAUGUCAAGUAUCGACUUUCGCCAAAGUUUGGGCUACACAAGAAGGCGGACCGGACAAUCAUGGGGCGACGUUUUUUGAGCCGUCUCCACUACCUGAUGGAUUCUUUAUGCUUGGUUGCUACGGGCAACCAAACAACAAGCCUUUAUUUGGUUGGGUUCUUGCAGGAAAAGAUGCAACCAACGACCCGUUGGGUGGUGCCCUGAAGCCACCAACUGAUUACUCUCUUGUUUGGAGCAGUGAGUCUUUGAAAAUUAAGCAAGACGGGGUAGCCUACAUCUGGCUGCCAACUCCCCCUGAUGGCUAUAAGGCCAUUGGACAUGUCAUCACGAGCUCGCCUGAGAAGCCGGCCCUUGACAAAAUCCGGUGUGUUCGCUUGGAUUUCACGGAUUCCAAUGAGAACAACACCUGGAUUUGGGGGCUGGGAAAGGAUGUUAGCACAAAUGGCAUCAGUAUAUAUAGCUCAAGACCAAGAAACAGGGGAAUUCAAGCUGUGGGGGUUCCCACAGGCACAUUUGUAGCUGAAAAGAAUGGGACUAGUUUGGACUUGCCCUGUUUAAAAAAUGCUAAUGGCAAUCAUAAUUCCAUGCCUAAUCAAGAUCAGAUUAAGGCCCUGGUUCAGGCUUACUCUCCACACAUAUAUUUCCACCCUGAUGAAGAGUACUUUCCUUCUUCAGUUGCAUGGUUCUUUGAAAACGGUGCACUACUGUACACAAAAGGCGAUGAGUCGAAUCCCGUCCCGAUCGACCCGGCUGGCUCUAAUCUUCCCCAAGGAGGUCCGAAUGAUGAUGCAUAUUGGAUUGAUCUUCCUAUAGACAGUGCAGCUAAAGAGAGAGUCAAAAAAGGGGACUUAGCAGAUGCAUAUGCUUAUUUGCAUGUGAAGCCAAUGUUUGGUGGGACAUUCACUGAUGUAGCAAUAUGGCUGUUUUACCCUUUCAAUGGCCCUGCAAGGGCAAAAGUUGAGUUCUUCAACAUUUCCUUAGGCAAAAUUGGGGAGCAUGUUGGUGAUUGGGAGCAUGUCACACUAAGAAUCAGCAACUUCAAUGGGGAGCUAAAGAGCAUGUAUUUUUCUCAGCAUAGUAAAGGGCUUUGGGCCGAUGCAGUGGACUUGGAGUUCGAGAACGGCAACAAACCAGUGGCCUACUCAUCGUUGCACGGCCAUGCAUCGUACCCGAAUCAAGGCCUAGUGCUGCAAGGAAAUGGGAGUAUUGGGAUAAGGAAUGAUAGUGCUAAGGGCAAGUCUUUUAUGGACACUGGAGCAAAGUUUUUGGUGGUCGACGCCGAGUACUUGGGGCCGGUGUACGUCGAGCCCCCGUGGCUGAGUUAUGCAAGAAAAUGGGGGCCAAAGAUCAGCUACAGCAUUGAGGAUGAAAUCAGGAAGGUUGAGAAGGUGUUGCCUGGAAAGUUGAAGAGUGCAUUUGAGAAAGUUGUGAAUAGUCUUCCCAGGGAAGUGCUUGGUGAGGAAGGGCCUACUGGACCAAAGAUGAAAGACAGUUGGAUUGGUGAUGAAAGGUCUUGAUUCUGCUGCAAGAAUUUGGAAAAUUUGAUGAUUGAUUUACCUAUGUUUUUAAGUACAAAAUAGCCAUAAAAAUUUGAUUAUGUGAAUUUGUUGCUGUCUUUGAAGCUGAACAAUGUUGGACAGAUCUAAUGGCAUCAAGGGUGGGAAUAUUCUGAGUA